AUGACAGGCCCUCACGCCCUGUCGUGUCUCCUCCUCCUGCCGCUGGGUGCCUGCUUUCCUCUGUUGGACAGAGAAGAGCCCAUGGCCACCGCCACCGUGAGAGGUGUCAGAGGUGGAAUGAGCUGGGCCGACCUGCCCGGGGAACACCGCGUGCCCCUCCCACGGGGCUCCUCGCCGUGGCCGAGAGCCCCACAACCUCACGGCCUGCUUGUCAUGGCCAAGGAGCUGCAGACGUCGGGCCGACAGCGCGCUGGCUUCAGGUUCCGUUUCGGGAGGCAGGAUGAUGGUAGCGAGGCUACCGGCUUCCUCCCCGCGGGUGGUGAGAAGGCCAGCGGCCCAUUAGGGACCCUGGCCGAGGAGCUCAGCAGUUACAGCAGGAAAAAAGGUGGCUUCAGCUUCCGCUUCGGCCGGCGGUGA